CGCUCUCAGACUGUUGCUUUAAUUAAGGGCUCAACCAAUACAGUUUACUUGACUUUGUCUCUUCUGUCAACCUUCCGACCCUAAGUGCAAAUUCAAUAGCACCUAUAAUAGAAGGAGAAUGGAUGAUCACAUGAAUAAAUUAUGUGUUUUAUAAUAAAAAUCGACCAAAGAAGCAGAAGUUGUGAUUUUUCGUCCGAGGUAUCAGAGCUCGAUCAUGCCUCAUGCUGUCAUGCUACCUGGUUAUUGUCAUCGUAUCGUACCUGAUGAUGUCCGGUCCUCUCGCUCCCUGUUGUGUCCUGCAGCUCAAGUUCAUGUGGGGGAACCUUGCCGUGGGUUCCGGCGAUCGCUGGAGGGAAGUGUCCGUUCCUUUCCUCCAACCCGGUCAGGUGGGCGUGGUGAGCGUGGCCCUGUGCGCCCCCAGCGUGGAGGGCUCCUACACCUCCCACUGGCGGCUGGCCCACGCCGGGGAGCAGUUCGGGCCCCGGGUGUGGUGCAGCAUCGUGGUGGACCCCCAGGCCCCCGCCGCCAUGAUGGCCGACGGGAUCCUGGUCUCGCCCUGCGUCACCCCACAGGGUAAGAACCCCGUGUCCAAGGACGGGAACCCCUGCCCUGCGACCCGGGACCAGGCCCUGGUCUCGGUGGACCAGGAGGAGUACUACAUCCCGUCUGUGGACCUGCUCACUGCACAGGACCUUUUGUCCUUUGAGUUGCUGGACAUCAACAUUGUGCAGGAGCUGGAGAGUGUCCCCAACACCUCGCCCGCAGAUGCACCAAAGGGGGAGGGGCCAGGAGCGGAGGGGAGUGGUGGGGGCGUGCCUGCCCAGGAGGAAGGGGGAGGCGACCUCAGCGGGAGCCAGUUUGUGUGUGAGACCGUGAUUGGCUCUCUGACGUUGGAGGAGGCCCCUGACCACGCCCCUGUCCGAGGGACACGCCCCGGCCACAGCAAAGUGGUACGGCCCGCGGCCCAGGGCGGCUCGGUGUCUUUGUGUGUGAAGAGCCCCCACAGCGACCGGAGCCCGGACACCUGUCCCUCGGGCCUGAAGGCGUCCCUCCCCACCCCCCUGAAGGCCUGCCUCCCGGGGCCGCUGUCCGUGGGCCCCCCCGCCGGCCCUGGCUCGGCCCCGGGCCCCUCCAGGGCCACGCUGAUGGUGGAGCGCAGGCUCACAGAGCACGGGUUGGGCGUGAGGAGCAUGUGUGCGGACCCCCGGCGGAAGGGGAGGGGCCUGGAGGAGGAGAAGGAGAGCCCCGAAGGAGAGGACAAGAUGGAGCAGUGGAUGAGGAGCCGUUCCUCCUCGGCCUCCUCCGAGGACUACAUCAUCAUCCUCCCCGACUGCUUUGACACCAGCCGGCCACUAGGGGACUCCAUGUACAGCUCAGCCUUGUCCCAGCCCGGAGAGCCCACGGCUGAGACCCCCUCCACCCCCGAGACCCCCCUGGAGGAGCUGGGGGGCCCGGGGGUGUCGGUGACCAGCAGCGCCAACGACAUGCUGUGCACCUCCCAGACGCUGGACGACGAGCCGCUGACCCCCGAGGUGGUGGCGCCCCCUACAGCCGGCCUCACGCCAAGUCUGGAGGGCAGGGAAGAGGCGGCGGUGCAGGACCAGAAUGCGGGUCAAGAGGUCGGGGAGGAGGAAGUGAGCUCUGACCUUUACCAAAACCAGGAGGGCCCCGCAGACACACAGCCCCAGGAAGACACCCCCGAGGACCCCGCCGACACCCCCGACACAGCGCCCGACAAUCCUGAGGACCCCAGCCAUCCAGGAAUCACAGACGAGCUGGUGAAGGGCGCGCUGUCUGUGGCCGCCUCCGCCUACAAGGCCCUGUGCACAGGGCAGGGUCCCACCCAGCCCCCGGUGGACGGCUCCACCCAGGACACCAUGACGGCCGUGCUGGUGGAGAUGGGCUUCGGAGACCGCACCCUGAACCAGAGGCUGCUGAGGAAGCACGGCUUCAACCUGCUGGACGUGGUCAACGAGCUGGUGCAGAUGGCCGACAACGACUGCUUCGCUGGAGGGACGGACCACCUGAGAACAGGAUGUGAACCCGACCUCAACAGGCUGUGACAUUUCCCUGCUCAGCUUUCAACCUCCC